GUUUGAGUGAACAACACAACAGAAAGACUGAAAGAUGUUUUUUUCCGCGCCAAAAAUAAAACACAGCCGUCGACUUGUUACGCAUUGCCGUUGUUUAACGGUCGUUAACGGUUAAAAAUCGAACGUACCUCCACGAGGAUGCGCGCGCAUCUUGGCAACGGAAGUCGAAGUUUUGUUGUUGUUGCUGCUGCUGCGGAUAACUUCCUUUAUAACCGAAGCUAAACAAUUUAAAAGUUAAACAUAAAAAAACAAAAAAUGUCGUCUUGUUGCAUAACCAGCUGUAAAAAUCGACAUUACACAAGCCGCAAACUCAAAUUUUACAGAAUACCGUGUGACUAUCGGCCGUUUCAGGCAAACCGGAGACGUUUGUGGCUACAAGCGAUACAACAAGCGAACGGCAGCGCGGAGCCACUCAAGGAGAAUGCUCGUAUUUGUGGCGCUCAUUUUAUAUCAGGAGAAGCUUCCAUGGACCACGACAGUCCAGACUUCGUGCCUUCGGUGUUUACAAGCACUCCACAGAGCCCCAAGAAAAAGGGGAAAUGGGUUUAUGGUCGUAGGAAAAGGCGGCGUCGUGCAGCACGCUCAGAAGAAGAAACGGCUCCCCCUACAGUUGAUUCUCCCGUGGACCUUCAGUCGUCUGCUUUGAUGGAAGAAACGCUACAAUCUCCAUCAGAGCAGGAAGGAAAAGCAUUGGUGAAAGAGGUUGAGGCUGAAACCAAAGCAGUCAAAGAACAAAGAACAUUUAAAGUGCCAACAGGCAUCCCGAAACUAGACCAUAUGAUACCUGUUGUACUCUUAAAAUCUGUAUUUGCACCGGGCCAUGGGUAUCGGUGUGAGCUGUGCAACCAGCACUUCCCCAUUGCAUCACAGCUUGUAAAACACAAACAGCUGCAUGAAGACGAAGAAGAAGAAAGGUCCUUUUCCUGUACAAUUUGUGGAAAGCUCUUCACGAGUGAGGCGGAUUUCACGACGCACCAGCGCAUCCACGAGCCUUCCUUCCCGUGCAACAUGUGCGAUCGAUCUUUCACUACAAGUCAACACCUCAAGCGUCAUAAACUUAUGCAUGUCAAAGAUGGCAGGAAGUGCAAAAAGUGUGGCAUGCUCUUCUGUCAACGUCACAGAUACAUUUUAUUCCAGCCACAGACACAGGAGUCCAGUUCAGAGUCAGAAGAGGAUUCCUCCGUCGCCGAGCCUCAACAUUUAGGCAGUAGUUUGUUGCCAGAAAACAAUCAGCUGGUGAAGCCUGCGCCAAAACAGACUGCUGACCUGCAUGACGAUGUUCAGAGCACCGUCACUGUAACACCUUUGCGGAAAACUACCAUUCAGACCUCAUCGUAUGCACCCCCAAACCUCAAACCUGUACCCAAGACCCCUAAUGUCGGAAACAAUCAGCUGGUGAAGCCUGCGCCAAACCAGACUGCUGACCUGCAUGACAAUGUUCGGGGCACCACGACUGUAACACCUUUGCAGGAAACCUCUGCACCGACUGCAUCGUGUGCACCACUAUACCUCAAACCUCUACCCAAGACCUACCUACCUCCAGCCUCGCGCACAGAAAUCUCAUCAGAAAUCCCCGUAGCAGACUUGAUACGAUCUUUCACUGUGCCACGUCGACGCAGGCCACCCAAGCCCUCAACCUUGAUCAGGCUCCAACACCCAAAACUCCCUCCGUCACUGAAGCUCUUUUCACCACAGUACCUCACCUCGACAUUCAUCGAGGUUAAAAGAAAUUAUGAUUAUAUUUUAAGCAAAUCAAGAGGUGUUAAGAGCAAGGAGGAUAUUGUGCAGGAGGAGAACUGUGUUGUGCAGGAGGAGAACUGUGUUGUGAAGGAGGAGCCAUGCGAGCUGCCUCUGAGUCCUCCAAAAGAGCUCAACAUUGUAAACGUCAGGCACGUCAAAAAGGAGCCUGAUGUGCCCGUUCAGCCAGUCAAAAAGGGAAAAAUCGCGUAUGAUCUGGAGUUUGUGCUCUGAUCUAAACAGUGGCUGGGUAAUAAUCACCUUUGAAAACAAACAGUGAUCGAGUCCUGCACGUUGUUUUGCUUCAAUUCAACUGACCUAUUUGUGUUUCACAUUUCACUACUCAUACCAAGACUGUAUCCUAAAGCUAACAGGACAUUCUGUCAAACACAUUAGUGUGUUUGUUCGAUACUACAGCUCAAACAUAAGCUCAUAUUGGUUGGUUAGACCUAAUCUGCUUCACCCGGCCGAUAUAUUUUAAUCUAAGUGUUGGAACUUUUUUAUUUUGUAAGACCUCUGUAUUCAGGGUACUUCUUAAUCCCUGGUUUGUUGAAACUUGUUUGUCCACUGUUAAAUAAUACUUCACUGUAACUAAGAAGGAUCUCUUACCGACCAGAAUUGUAAAACUGUGCACCAGGUGGCAUUUGGACUGCAGGCAAUAAUCUGUACUCAGCAGUUUGUGUGGUGAUAAACAGUUUAGUCUGCGAGCCAAUGCACGUUAUUAUAAAUGAUAUCAUGAAUAUGAUUGAUGAUCAAGUGUUUGUUGUUUUAUAUAAUAGACGUCAUGUUAUGUAUACACAUAUAUUGUAACAAUUCCAGUAUUUGGGGUACGCAGAUGUUAUAUUUAGUUGCCUUGCGUGAAAGCAGAGUGGUGUAUUGAGGGAAGAAACUACCUUUCAGAGACUUGUUUUUCCCACAACAGGCUGCUGUUCUGUAGCUGGCUCUGACUCUGAAGACUGUUAAGGGAGACAAGUCAAACAUUUUGCAUUAUAUUUACAGUACUGCGUUACUACAAGUUUAAAAAUCGUAUCAGCUGCUGGUAAUCAUGUUUUUGUGUCUAUGUUCUCUGUUUGAGUCACUACUGGUUUACAAUUUUAUACCAAUAAAUGUUUCCAAAAUGU